AAAUCAAAUCAAAUCCAAAUUGCAAUCAACAAAAAAACACAAAAACAAAAACAAACCAAGGAAUUGAAUUUUUUUCAAGUGCCAGUCAAAAGCGUUUAAAAGCAAAAGUGACCAAUGGCCGACAAGCAAAGCAGUAAAUAACAGUCCCAUCCACGCCGAAGGGAUUUGAGCCACAAAAGGGCGAGAGAGAGAGCGAGCGAAAGAGAGAGAGAGAGAGAGCAAGCCAUUAUCAUUUCAAAAAACCAAAUUAAAAUCCGGACGAGGAGAUCCGUUAAGGAAAGAAGGAAGAAGUUAACCAUGCUGGCCGACUCGUACCUGAUCAAGUUUCUGCUGCGCCAACUGCAGGUGCAGCAGGAUGGCGAUGCCCAGCAUCUGUUGAUGGUCUUCCUUGGCCUUUUGGCCAUAGUUACCCUCCUACAAUGGCUAUUAAGAAACUAUCGUGAAUUACGAAAACUACCGCCUGGUCCUUGGGGCCUACCCGUUAUCGGUUAUCUCCUGUUCAUGGGCAAUGAAAAGCACACACGUUUCAUGGAACUGGCCAAGCAAUAUGGUUCCCUAUUCUCCACUCGUCUGGGCAGCCAACUGACAGUCGUGAUGAGCGACUACAAAAUGAUACGUGAAUGUUUCCGCCGUGAGGAGUUCACCGGACGUCCGGACACUCCCUUCAUGCAGACACUCAAUGGUUAUGGCAUUAUCAACAGCACGGGCAAGUUGUGGAAGGAUCAGCGGCGCUUUCUGCACGACAAGCUCCGGCAGUUUGGCAUGACCUACAUGGGCAACGGCAAGCAGCAGAUGCAGAAACGCAUUAUGACGGAAGUUCAUGAGUUCAUUGGUCAUUUGCAUGCCAGCGAUGGUCAGCCCGUUGACAUGUCUCCGGUCAUCUCGGUGGCUGUUAGCAAUGUCAUCUGCAGCCUAAUGAUGUCCACACGGUUCAGCAUCGAUGAUCCCAAGUUCCGACGUUUCAAUUUCCUUAUCGAAGAGGGCAUGAGGUUGUUCGGCGAGAUCCAUACCGUUGACUAUAUCCCUACGAUGCAGUGCUUCCCCAGCAUUUCCACGGCCAAGAAUAAGAUUGCCCAAAAUCGUGCCGAGAUGCAACGUUUCUACCAGGACGUGAUCGAUGAUCACAAGCGUAGCUUUGAUCCCAGCAAUAUCCGUGAUCUGGUUGACUUCUAUCUGUGCGAGAUUGAGAAGGCCAAGGCCGAGGGCACAGAUGCUGAGCUUUUUGAUGGCAAGAAUCAUGAGGAACAACUUGUCCAAGUAAUCAUCGAUCUGUUCUCCGCUGGCAUGGAAACCAUCAAGACCACCCUGCUGUGGAUCAACGUAUUCAUGCUGCGUAAUCCCAAGGAGAUGCGUCGCGUCCAGGACGAACUAGAUCAGGUUGUGGGACGUCAUCGUCUGCCCACCAUUGAGGAUCUGCAAUAUCUGCCCAUUACCGAGUCCACCAUUCUGGAGUCAAUGCGUCGUUCCAGCAUCGUUCCCUUGGCCACCACACACUCGCCUACAAGGGAUGUGGAACUCAAUGGUUAUACCAUACCAGCUGGCUCACAUGUCAUCCCGCUGAUCAAUAGCGUCCACAUGGAUCCCAAUCUAUGGGAGAAACCCGAGGAGUUCCGGCCAUCGCGAUUCAUUGAUACCGAGGGCAAGGUUCGCAAGCCCGAGUACUUCAUCCCCUUCGGUGUGGGCAGACGGAUGUGUCUGGGUGAUGUGCUGGCGCGAAUGGAGCUCUUCCUGUUCUUCGCCUCCUUCAUGCACUGCUUCGACAUUGCCCUGCCCGAGGGUCAGCCACUGCCCAGUCUUAAGGGCAAUGUAGGUGCCACCAUCACGCCGGAGUCCUUCAAGGUCUGCCUAAAGCGACGACCACUGGCGCCCACGGCCGCUGAUCCUCAUCACAUGCGCAAUGUUGGCGCCAACUGAUGUGUGGAUCCGAAGAGUUCCGAGCUCCAGAGCACGGUUUUGUUCCUAAACAAAUGACAAAAAAAAAAAAAGAAAAUCAAACAAAAAAAAUUAAGAUGAAGUCUAGAAGAUGGCGAGAGGCCAACUAGAUUCUUGGCCUCUUGCCGAGCUAUCCAUUUAGCCAUAAGUUAGUAGUUAUCCGCCCGUGGGAGGAGCAGUUCCUGAUCCCUUGGAUCGUGGACAAGGAGCAGAGCAGCCAAAAGCUGUGACCAAACCUACACAGAGGACUGCAACCAAUUCUAUUCUUUCACCCCCAAGAAGCUGUGUUCAACUAAUUCUAAUAAGCUGUUAGUUCAUAAACUUAGUUAGUAGACAAUGUUCUAUAUUCUAAUUGCUAAUGUUAAAUGUUUUUUAUUAUUAUUAAUUAAUCUUAUUUGAAUAUUAUUAGUAUUAAUUAUAGGAUAUUGCUAUGUGUAAAGCCAGCAGGCUGUUUAAGUCUAGUUAGCUAACGUUCUUGUUUAUUCAUAGUAUUAGUGCUAGCUUAAUGUCCAAACAACAAAAAACAAAACAAAAAACAAAACAAAACAACAAACAACAAAACAAACUGUGGUUUAGUCUUACAAGCACACAUCAAAAAAUAGGCAAACGAUUCGAAAAUAAAGAGAAUAAAUUGUGAAAAAAA